AUGAGCGCAAAAGAAAGUUUCAUUGUUUAUUGGGAGAAACAAGGAAAUGAUAGAAUGUGUGCUUUACAUUGUUUAAACUCGCUUCUCCAAGGUCCGUAUUUUGAUGAAGCUCUUCUUUCUAAUAUUGCUUAUGAAAUAGAUGAUAUGGAGAGACGCUUACUAGAAAAGAGUAAUCCAAAGGUUAAAACAAUGUCUGAUAAUUUGUCUAAUAACGCCUCUUAUGAUGGUUUUUUCUCAAUCAUGGUUCUUCAGGAAUGUUUACAAAGACACGGAUAUUCUUGUAUACCAGCAGCAAAUCCAAAAGUUCAGGAUUAUAUUUUGUACCCAUCAUCUUGUUGUGGUUACAUUAUUAACUCAUCGGAACAUUGGACUUCUGUCAGAUGUGUUAAGGGAAGGUGGUUUAAUUUGGAUAGUCUUAAAGCUGCCCCCAUCCAUAUAGAUUAUUUUGAAGUUUCGAGGUACUUACAAGAAAUAAUGUUUUCUGGAAAAAGUGUUUUCGUUGUACAAAAAAUACAGAAUGAAACAGAUUCCUAUUCAAUUCCUUUACCUGAUCCUGACCCGUUUCUUAGGCCAAUUAAGAACGAUGGUAAACAAAGAUUUUAUCUCUCUGCCUCUGAAAUUGAGAACCUUGUCCUUGAAAGACAAAAAGAAGAAAAUAAAAUGGUACAAAUAGGCGAUGAUAGUUCAAAUAGGAAUUUUAUCUAUUCAAAGAAACCAGUUGAAUACACGUGGCCUACUUCUGCAGGUAAUGUGUUACAGUCUUCAUUAAAUACAGUGAACCAAUCUGAUGAAAUUACAUCUGAAGAUAAGGAGCUUGAGAAGGCAUUAAAGGAGUCUGCAAUUGAAUUUGCUAAAAGUGUUCCUCUCCCGAAUGAACCUUCUAUAGAUGAUGUUAAUUCCAUCCAAAUCCGCAUUCGGAGUAAGGCUGGGUCAUCUUUUGUCAGAAGGUUUUAUAAGACAGAUUCUUGCAAAUACCUGUUCUCUUGGAUAGAAUACGAAAUGGCUGUAUUAGGAAAUCCAAUUCAGAGUAAUUCAUACUUUUUUCUUUCUCAGUUUCCAUAUUUAAAAAUUUCAAAGUUCGAUGAUAAUUCAAUUAAAAUCUCAAAAUCAGGCAUUGAUGAAGUUAUCCUAAAUUCACCAACUUUCAAUGACAUUGGUAUUAAUGAAAACACUUUAUUACUACUUAAUUUUUAA